AUGGGAGCUUCUCCGAAGAAAAAAGUAUCCUACGAUGCGCUGGAAGAAAUGAAGAAACGAAUCGCUGCCAAGGAAUCUAUCCGCAAUUCCCUAGACCGGAAAGAUAAGCUUCGGCUAGCGAUUAUGCUGGUCAUGAGUCUGAUUUUCGUCCUUUCUGUUUUCGGACUCGCUGUUUUGAAAUCUACUUCUGAAAUUACCGCUACCGCUACUGUUGCUCCCACUGCUGCUCCACUGACAACGACCCCUGCUUGGAGACCGUGGCCAAACACGCCCUACGAGCUAUAUGCCUACUAUCACUGCGGAGUGAAUCCAGCAUUAUCACUCGCCAAUGUCACUCCCGAUAAAAACGCAAAAGUCACCGACUGGCCAAUGCUCGUUACAGUCACUCGAGCUUCCUGUGGUGGGGGAGCUUCUUGUAAUCUAACACUAGAAUCGACAGUUGUUACGAAUGUCUGCAUGGGAGUGGCUGUUGAUAGCCGGACGAUUUGGGCAAGAGCAAGUUGUUUACAGCCGAAUGGAAGAGAAAAUCUUCAGAAUUAUCCUCUCGCAACAGAUGAGGAUAAUUUCUAUGUCAUCACCGGCCAAAACCUCGAACUAACAACGCUGAAAGAGAACUCUCUCCUUGCCAUCGAAUCUCUUUGGCCUUCGAGUCAAUACAACACGACCAUGGAUUUUUCGAAUUUCCAGCAGAACGAUCUUCUCAUUCUCCGCACCAAAAUUGACAUGACUGAUUUCGUCCCUGCCUGCAUCCCUGACCUGCAGCAAGAUGCAAACGCGGCCGGACAGGUGCCCAAGAAAUGCUGGUUUAUCGGACUAAAUGGAUAUGGAGGAGCUUUUCAGGUUCCGGCGACGAUGCUGGGCGAUUCAGAGUGCAAUGAUAAUUUUAUUCUGAAUAACAAGCUUGAUUUUACGAAUCAAUUCUGCGCCAAGGCUAUUUCGGACUUUGACAAAAUUGCAUGCGGAAAGGACUUCAUUUUUGCAUGCGACUACGAGACUCAAUUUGGUGAUCGAAAACUGGUUGCUUUUGGAAACAUGAUUUAUCACCCUUUUCAAGACUGCACCCAUUUGGAUAAUAUCUUCAUCUUCAACAGGUUUGCUUAUGAAUACGAAAUGCUCUGCUGUGGACAGACUGAAGAGCCAAAAUAUGGACCCUGUAUUUAUGUCAACUGCACUGAACAACCUUUGAGCUACCCAUGA